UCCAUGUUGGUCAGGCUGGUUUCGAAUUCCUAGCCUCAGGUGAUCCACCCGCCUCGGCCUCCCAGGGACUGUCAUUCUCUAAGAAUCAAGGCAGAGAAGAUUCUCCAGGUGGGAGAGGAGGAGGUAGGGCCCGGGGAAGUCAUCAGUUAGUUGGAGCAGCUUCCGAGCAGAGAGCCAUUGACCUUGAUGAGAGAUCUGGGCUCCAGUCAUCCUUCUCUCUCCACACACCAGCAGCCCCCAAGGACCCAUGAGGCCCACACAGGGCAGGCAUUGUGCAGGGGUGGGCCCCUGUCAUCAGGCUUUGCCCACAUGGGGACCCCAGGCCAGAUCUGGGGGUGACAGCUGGAACCACAGCCCAAGUGUCCCCAGACCAGUUGCUCCUUGAGGAAGGGCAUGUCUGAUUUGUCACACUGCUCAAGCCUGCCCAGCACCUGCUAGCUAUGCCACCAGCCAGGCUGCCACUCCAGCUGCCACACUCCCUGCUUCCAGCUCUGCCUCCUCUUAGCAGCCAGAGGGCUUGUUUUUGAUGCAUAAGACCCUUCUAUUGUGUCCCAGUGUGCUUGGAAUGACACCUCCAACACCACAUCCUGGCUAGGAGGGCCCCCGCUCUGGGCCCCGAGGCGGCUGCGCCUCACCCUUCACCCCACGCCUGCUCCCUUGCAGCCACAUUGGCCUCCGUCCUGGCUCGUCUUACUGCAGGCCCUUCCCCUUUGCCUGUCCCCUAGUCUUGGUGGUGCCCUCCCUGGGUGAGCGGGCUGGGAAGGGAGGGCUUCCCUCUGGCUGCACAUCUGACACCUCCUCCCACAGUCUUCCUGCCUGAGCCCUUCCAGCUUCAGGAGGCAGAGGUCGGUGUCAUGGAAAAUAGUGUCUGCAGAUCCUUUUUCCAGCCCCAGUACCCCGGCCAGCCAAGCAGCAGUGACUACACCAUCCACGAGGACAUGCUGUGCGCUGGGGACCUCGUAACAGGAAAGGCCAUCUGCCGGGGAGACUCCGGGGGUCCCCUCGUCUGCCCGUUAAAUGGCACCUGGUUCCUGAUGGGGCUGUCUAGUUGGAGCCUCGACUGCCGCUCACCCAUCGGCGCCAGCGUCUUCACCAGGCUCUCCUACUUUACCAACUGGAUUAGCCAGAAGAAGAGGGAGAGUCCCCCUCUGGAUCCUGCCUUGGCUCCUCCUCAGGAGAUGCCCCCAGCCCUGGACAGCAUGACCUCUCAGGGUACCGUCUAUAAACCCGGGCUCUGCGCAGCCCUUCCGGCUGCUCACACCCUCCUCCUGCUGCUGAUUCUGCUGGGGAGCCUGUGAAGGGCCGGGGCCCCUGGCCUCCUAACCACAAGUGUGCCCACGUCAGGCCAGCCUCCUUGCUGAGCCCUGCACGCUCCUGACGUGUUUCCACCUCUGGGCUCUCCUGUCCACCCAAGGCCACCCCUGCCCCAGGCCUGACAAAAUAAAAACCACCCAAGAAGCUUCUUGCUCUGGUUUCUGGCCCACCAGAGCCAUCUCCCACACUCCACUGUGUCUCCAGCUCCUCAGGGAGGGCAGGUCUCCCUCCUCCCUGGGCAGGGAUAUGGGAGCCAAGUCACUCUCCUUGGGGAGUUGGGUCGCGCAGACUUAGGCCCCGUUCCUGUCCUCCAGAGCAUGCAGUCUUCCAGAAAAAUGGCGCCAGGGCCUCCCCACACGGAAGCAGCCGCCUGGCCUCCCGGAGCUAGGUGCUGUGCGCCGGUCAGGGAUGAAGUCGUAUCUUCCAGGCACACAGGUCACAGAGGCUCUCCUCGACAGCUUGCGAGUAAACUGUGAAGGGGGCUGAGGUCUUGGGUCAGCCGUCCCAGAGUUCUGUCCCAGGGGUCAGCUGUCAGCUGACUGCCCCCUCUACUCACAGCCCUGCCCUCUCCCUGCCUCCGGAAACCCAGCCCCCACCCCUGUGGCUUGCUCCAGCUUGUAGGGGUUGCGGCUUGGCUGACCCAGGACUUGCUGGUCCAGCACUGAGCCCAUGACCCAGACUCUGAGUUGCCCCUGCAAGCCUGUCUGAGUCAGGUUUGCAUCCCAAUGAGUCAGCAGGACUCUCACAGGGCCUCACCCACAGCUCUCCCCCAACCCCCAACCUGAACUCACAAUGAAAGGCGGGCAGCCGGCCGGGCACAGUGGCUCACACCUGUAAUCCCAGCACUUUGGGAGGCCGAGGCAGGCGGAU